AUGGCAUUAAUCGAGAGAGAUCCUGGCGGCCCAACGCCUGAUUACGACGAAGAAGGUGAAGAUAGAGACCAAUUUCACAUCGAGCAGAUGAUUGAGGAGUUUGUCGAUGAACCUCCAAUCCGCCACGAUGUGUACCCAGAGAGUGAAGACGACGGUGACGAUGGUCCGGUAAGAGCUCGUACGAAUAUGAGGCGUGGUAAUGGGGAGUUGUUCUACAAGCAGGCGUUUUUCAAUGGGGUGGCUUUCAAGGAGGCGGUUCUCGAUUAUGUUCUCAAAACUGGGAGAAAUCUGAAGCAGUACAGGUAUGAUAAAGCGAAAAUAGGGUUUAAAUGUGUUGGUGUUAAUGAUGAGGAUGGAUCUAAAUGUGAGUGGAAGGUUUAUGCGUCAAUUCUGUCAAAUGAUAAGAUGUGGAGGAUCAAUAGGUUCAUCGAUAAGCAUAGCUGUAUUCCAAAUGGAGAGUGUGAGAUGUUAACAGUGCCGCAUAUAGCUAGGUUGUUUGUUGAUAAGAUUAGGGAUGAUCCUGAGUUCUUCAUGCCAAGGAAGAUUGAAGAAAUUGUAAAGGCAGAUUGGAAGAUCAGUAUCACUAGGCCUCAGUGUCAAGCUGCUAGGAAGACAGCUUUAAAGUGGAUUGAGAGGGAGUAUGAUGAGCAGUUCCAUAGAUUAAGAGAUUAUGCAGCUGAGAUUAUGGAAGCAAACCCGAAUUCACAUGUUGAGGUCGAAUGUAUUACGGAUGAUGAUGGUAAAGACAUGUUCAACAGGUUCUAUGUUUGUUUUGACAACAUAAGAAGAACAUGGAUGGCGACUUGUAGGCCGAUCAUAGGAAUUGAUGGUUGCUUUUUGAAGAAUAAGAUUAAGGGUCAGCUAUUGGUAGCUUUAGGCAGAGAUGCAAACAAUGGUAUAUAUCCAAUAGCAUGGGGAGUUGUCAAGGUUGAGAACUAUGAAAAUUGGUUAUGGUUUGCUAAGUUGUUGAAAGAAGACUUUGUGUUAAACAAUGGUGAUGGAUUCAUCCUGAUGUCCGAUAGGCAAAAGGGAUUGAUCAAGGCUGCUUCUGUGGAGUUACCAAAGAUAGAGCAUCAGAUGUGUGUUCAACACAUCUACGGUAACUUGAAAAAGGCUCAUGGAAAUAAAACCCGACUGAAGCCACUGCUUUGGAAUUUGGCAUGGUCUUACAAUGAGUCAGAGUAUAGGCAGCAUUUGGAGAGGAUCUUUGCUUACGAUUCUCGCGUGUACAGUGAUGUAAUGAGGACAAAUCCAAAGAGUUGGUGUAGGGCAUUCCACAAGGUUGGUAAUUACUGCGAAGAUGUCGACAAUAACUCGACAGAGUCUUUUAACAGCUCCAUCAACAAGGCAAGAGAGAAGCCUUUUGUUGCCAUGUUAGAGACAAUAAGACGACUGGCCAUGGUGCGAAUUGCAAAGAGGUCUGCCAUAUCUAAUUCUCACACAGGGAUCUGUACUCCAUAUGUUGUUAAGUUUCUUGCGGCUGAGCACAAAGCAGCAUCUACGGCUAAGGUAUCAACAAGCACAAAUGGGACCUUCGAAGUCAAAGUCAGUGGAGACACUCACCGUGUUUGUCUAAAGAAGAUGACUUGUACGUGUCAGAAGUGGCAAAUAUGUGGCAUCCCAUGUGAGCAUGCAUAUGGUCUCAUCAUUGAUAAGAAGCUAACGGCUGAGAACUACGUCUGCCAGUGGUUCCGAACAGCUAUAUGGAGGAGAAACUAUGAAGAAGGCCUAACUCCACAAAGAAGUGCAAAGUUUUGGCCUUGUACAAAUGGGAAUAAGGUGUAUGCAGAACCACCUGAGGAAAAACAGACCAAGGCUGACAAGAAAAGGAAGAAGGGUGUCAAUGAGUCACCUACUAAGAAGCAACCAAAACAGAAAAAAAGAAUAAUGCAUUGUGGCAUUUGUGGGGAAGCUAACCAUAACUCUAGAUUCCAUAAGUCUGAAUUUGCUCAGCCUUCUCGACAGCCUACUCAACCUGAACCAAGUCAAGGAUCACUCACUCAAGCUUGAUCAAGAACCUACUUAUUACUAGGGUGCUAAUUUUGUGGUUGCCUAGAUACAUAUUUUCGACCACAUGAACUCUUUUCUUCCCCUAGGUCGCUUAGUGUCUUUUGUCUCCAAUGGUGAAUUUUGUGGUUGCUCAUGUUGUAUUUUCGACCACAUAUACUCUUGCCUUUCCUAACUCUUUUGUAUGAUCUAUUUCGUUUCAAAUGAUGAUCGUUUAUGACAAUUAA